UCUGAUAUUUUUUCAAUAUCUGAUCAGGUAGCAACCAGAGCAGGACCAGUCAUGUUUCGGACACGCAUACCAGGCAGUUAGAGAUUGUGUUAUUUCUUGUUAACAAGAAAUGCCAUGGAUCCUCAUUCUGAUGCCCAGGAUGUGCCCCGAUGUGACUUUUGUGAGACCGCCAUAGUGCACAACUACUGUGACUUUUGUCAUGUCAACCUAUGCACGUCAUGUAUAGGCAAACACAUCUCAGACGGAUAUGACAAACAUAAAAUUGUCCCAUUCCUGGAACGGAGAUCAACCCUUAUUUAUCCGAAAUGUGGAAUACAUCAAAACAAAAAUUGUGAAUUACAGUGCAAAGAUUGCAACAUUUCAGUAUGCUCUACCUGUACAGCAUCAAAACAGCACAAGGGACAUAACUUUGUAGAAGUUACAGAAGUUUACCAUGAAAAGAAAGAAGUUAUUAAGAAAGACACAAACGAGUUGGAGAAUCAUAUUUCUCCUACGUCUGAAAAAAUUGCUCUGGACUUGGAAAAACAGCUCGCCAACCUGGAUGGUGGAUAUGAGAAACUUACAACAACAAUGUCCAAACAAGGAGAGCAAUGGCACAGAGAAAUCGAUUUCGUCAUCAACAAAAUGAAAUCCGAAAUCGACGAGAUAAAAGUAAAACAUAGAGACGUUUUAAAGAAACAAUUGGAUGAAAUCAAACAGAUACAGUCUCUCAUAAAACAAACAUCUCUGGCCUUGAGACAAAUUGAGAAGUCCACUGAUAUAUCUCCUACCAUUGAAUACAGCUCUAAGAUCAGAGAUUUCCGAAAGCUUCCACCCAAGGUUCAGGUAUCCCUUCCAACAUUCAUUCCAAAACCAAUAGACCAAAAGCAGCUGUAUAGUUUGUAUGGACAGAUCACCCCAUUAUCUACUUCUACAAAAGAAAAUGUAUUGUCACUAAACCAACCCAACACUUCAGCAAGACAACUACUGGAUAAACCGGAACAUGUUGCCACAAUACAGACUGGGUAUGGAGAACUUCGCAGCGUUUCCUGUCUUAAUGAAGACAAGAUAUGGGCAAGUGGAGUGACUAAUAAUAUCAAAUGCUUUAACAUUAAAGGUCUGUUACUUCAAGCAAUCAAACUAACUUCAAGACAUUCCCCCUCUGAUAUAGCCAUAGACAGUGAUGGUAAUCUUUUGUACACUUUGUGGAAAAUAGGGACAGUUAUUAUAGUAAAGAAUGGACAGACAGAAGUGUUGUUCACAAUUCAGGGUUGGAUGCCAUCAAAACUGUGUGUCACCUCUACCGGUGAUAUCCUAGUUACCAUGUUCAGUGAUGAUGAAACUCAAUCCAAAGUUGUCCGUUACUCGGGAUCUACAAAGAAACAAUCAAUUCAAUAUGACAGAGACGGUAAACCCUUGUACUCAGGGAAUGCACUUAUUAAAUACAUUACUGAAAACAGAAACCAUGACAUAUGUGUAGCUGAUUUUGCGGCUGGUGCUGUAGUGGUGGUGAAUCAUGACGGGAAACUCAAAUGGAGAUACUCUGGUAAUCCCUCAGUUACCAAGAACAAACUAUUUCAGCCCCAUGGAAUCACAACAGACAGUCAGAGGCAUAUCCUGACAACAGAUUGUGACAAUCAUUGUAUCCACAUUCUUGAACAGGAUGGACAGUUUCUCCGUUUCAUUGAUAACUGUGAUUUGCAGGGUCCUUUUGGCUUAUGUGUGGACAAUAACGACAAUCUGUUUGUGUGUGAAUAUACCAAAGGCAAUGUGAAGAAAAUCAAAUAUUUAAAAUAGACAUCCUCCAUUGCUGAAAUGUGAUGUUAAUAAAAAAGUGACCUUUUUCUCAUAACAAGCUUAUCACAUUUCCUUACUGGAAUUUUCUAUUAAAUAAAUUCUAAAUUGUA